AACAAACAUUUACAUAAAUAAAUUCGUUGUUACAAUUUAAUCACUUAUCAAUUAGGCCAAAAUAAUUCGUGAUUCUAUUUUUAAAUGUAUUUCAAGCUUGAAGAAUGCUGAACGAGGUUAACUUGAAAUUGAUUGUUGCAGUUUGCACCGUCAAUGUGUUGAACUUCGCAACGGGCAACGUCUACGCUUGGUCGUCAUCAGUAUUGAUUGCAUUGAAGAAAACAGAUCCCAAGGAAAACCCUCUAGGACAUAUAGUUACACCUCUUGAAGAAUCCCUAAUAGCUUCUAUUCUAAGUUUGGGUGCAAUAUGCGGACCUAUGUUUGCCGGAUUCUGUUCAAAUUUGCUAGGAAGAAAAACCACUUUGAUGUUGUUCGCUAUACCUAUGCUUCUAUCCAACGUCAUCCUCAUGUUUGCCACCACAACCCUGGAAUUGUAUGUCGCUAGAUUCAUGGCUGGGUUUGCUUCAGGUUCGUUUUACACAGUGGUGCCAAUAUACGUUGGAGAAAUAGCAGAAACGAAGAUACGUGGAGUGCUUGGCGGCUUUAUGAGUAUAUUCUACGUUUUUGGGCUGCUCUUCAAUUAUGUCGUUGGUCCUUGUGUCAGUUUACCAACACUUAGUGCUUUUAUGAUUGUACCUAUAGUUAUAUUCCUGAUAUUUUUUGGGCUCUUCAUACCAGAAAGUCCUUACUAUUAUUUCGCAAAAGGUAAAGAUGCUCAUGCGAGAAGGAGUCUCAUGAAAUUAAGAAAUCACUUCGAAGAAAAAGAACUGGCAAUAAUCGAAGAAACCAUAAAUGAAUCGAGAACAAAUGUAACCCUAUCAUCCCUAUUAAGAAACGCCAGUUUUAAAAAAGGCCUCACAUUGACAGCAACCAUUGUCAUUCUUCAACAACUGGUUGGUAUAACUGCCAUUCUGGCAUAUAUGGAAGAUAUUUUCAUAGCUUCUGGUAGCACGAUUUCUUCAUCAACAUCUACCAUUGUGGUAGCUAUUAUCCAAGUGAUUUCGGUGGUUUUUUCCACAUGUUUAUCCGAUAAGUUGGGAAGAAAAAUCUUAUUGGUAAUUUCGAAUUUGUUAUGUGCUGCAGCUUUAUUUCCUUUGGGUGUUUACUUCUGGUUGAAGCAAAACGAAAAUGACGUUUCUCAUUUGGGAUAUUUGCCCAUAGCAUGCGUCAUCUUGUUCAUCACCGGUUAUAACUUCGGCCUGUGUACCAUCCCUUGGACUUUGGUAGGGGAAUUAUUUUCGAACGAGACCAAAGCAAUUGCUUCGUCCGCAACAGCUACAAGUUGUUACAUCAUGGCGUUCUCCAUGUCUUUUCUGUUCCCGCAUUUAUUGAAUUGGGUUGGGUUUCAUGGAGUCUUUUGGUUCUGCGGAUGUAUGGGUAUUGUAAAUUUAACUUUUGUAGCCUGGUACCUUCCAGAAACUAAGGGGAAGAGUUUUUCCGAAAUCUUGAAAUUGUUGGAGGGAGAAAAAUUGAAUAAGGAGACAUAUGAAACUGUCAGAGUUUUAUGAGUGGUAGUGUUAUAAUCCGUUAUUUCUCGA